AUGUCUUCGGGUUCUGCCGUGCGACGUAUAAGACCUCAAAAUCCUUCAAACAACAAUGCCCCGUUACGAGAUGUCCACGUUUCUUCGCGAUUCUCGUCCGACAAGGCGGUAACCAACCCCCCAAGCACUAUUCCAGCGAAUAGCCAAGCGAAUUUAUUCAUACAUCAAUCUCAGAAUGUUUCGCGAUAUGAGGGCUCUCAGCAUACCUGGAACGGGCCUGGAAAUCAAUCCCAACACCCCCAGCAUGCACAUGAUCUUAGACCCCAACCGACCCGACAAGUGUAUCCAGAGUUUCUUUCCUUUUCAAAGACUGCAUUACUGCAAUUAAACUGGGCCUGGGAAGGUCUCAAGGAUUCAUUUCGUUGGAACCACGUCGUGAACAUUGUAAUCUCAGACGGUGAAAUACGGGCGCAUAGCUCUACCCUCUCGUUCAUCUUUGUUUGCUGGGUGGAUUCGUAUUACUGCUUCGAAUUUGUGUGGAGAGCAAAGGGGCUUUCCCUUGCUGCCCGUGUCCGUUAUUUGGAGGAACGCUGGGCAUAUUUUCUAGCUUUCGGUCUCCCUACCACUGCUUUAUGUUAUCUCGGCAAUUCUCUUGUGAAUGUCGCGAUAUUCGCACUCAUCUUUCCCUCGUAUAUAAUACUCGCCAUGUACGCGCAUCCUACACCAACACAACCAUACUCGCCUGCGCCCCCUGUAUUAAGCAGAACCACUGGAGAGACGAUCUAUCCUCUUCCUUCUCCUCUGGUUCCGGUUCGCCUUCCGGUAUUUCAGCUUGUCAUCUGGAUCAAUGACUGGGUCAUCCGUGGUAUCGAUGUUAUGACUGGUGGACGCAGAAGACCGUCUACAGCUAGUCGCAAGCAGUGGUAUGGGGAUGACGAACAUGCAGAGUCCGGAUUACCUCUGAAAGCACCUGGUCGCUCAGCGGGAAAUGACAGCUCCAGUUUACGGCAGCGAACUCAUGUCGAGUAA